AUGGAAGAGAACCCGUGCCAGAUCCAGUCUGGACUGGGAACGAACGAACCAUCCACUCCAUUGAUUCUUUUCCACGAUGCAGGCGGCACUGUGUUUCCUUAUUUCUGCCUGGGAAAGCUGCACCGGCCGCUUUACGGCAUUGGAAACACUCAUUUCGAUCACGGAGGCAAUUGGGACCAUGGCAUUCGUCAAAUGGGAGUCGUCUAUUCACACUUACUUCGGUCGGUCAUCGGGUUCGGAGAAGUUAUUCUGGGAGGAUGGUCUCUCGGCGGCUGUGUUGCUUUAGAAGUUGCAGCUCGACUAAUGAAACUUCCCCAGUACACGGUGCAGGGUGUCAUCAUGAUCGACAGUGUCUUCCCAACUGCCAAGGUCACAGACCAGUAUCCCCGCACGAUCGCUGAUGUCGCUGCCAGCUUCCAUCUACCGGCCCGAAUGUCCGAUGCCCGGCGGGUACAAGCGCAGCAAUGCAUUCUGUACGCUCACCAGAUGCAGCGUGACUGGCGACCGCCACAAUUUUCGUCAGGUCUCCCUCCCGCAAUACUCAUACGCGCAGCCGAUCCGGUACAUCUUGACCCCGAAGCGGAGCCCCACUACAUCGAUCUCAUCCGGGACUGGACGUACCUGGGAUGGGAGGAGUACGAUACGAGCUUCAUCAAAGCUUGCUUGGAAAUCCCAGGCAACCAUUUUACCAUAUUUGAUGAUCAACAUGUCUGA